AUGAGUUGUAAAGGGAUUCACAUUCUCUUCCUCUUUUUCAUAUCACAUCUUAUCAACCUCUCUUCAUCUUGUGCCAUUUUUACCAACUCAAGUGGGUGUGGAAUCUCUUCUAAACUUGAGGCUCCUCUGAAAUUCCGUUCCUGCUAUGGAAAGGCUUGUUGUGAAGUUAGUGAAGAAGCAAGGUUACAGAAACAAUUCCAGGAGUUAAACAUCACUCACCCAAAAUGUGCUUCUCUCCUCAAGUCCAUUUUAUGCGCUAAAUGUGAUGAUCAGUUUUCUGCUAAAUUGUUCCAAACUGCCUCAGGCGAUAGAACUGUUCCCUUGUUGUGCAACACCACAUCAUUGGCGAUGUCACAACAAUCCAGUGGUGAUGGUUCUCUUGAUUUCUGCACAAGAGUAUGGGAAACAUGUGAAAGUGUUUCUGUAAUUAAUUCCCCGUUUGAACCUUUCUUGCAAGACAAAGCUGGAAAAAACCUUGUCUUCUUCACUUCCAAAGUGAGGGAUGUUUGGAAGUCUAGGAAAAGCUUUUGUGAGACUUAUGGUGGCUAUUCAGAAGAUGGAAAAGUAUGCUUCCAUGGUGAAUCAAUUUCAUUGAACAAUUUACAAACUCCCCUUCUUCCUAAUGGUCUGUGUUUGGAGAAAAUUGGGGAUGGGUCUUACCUUGACAUGGCUCCACAUCCUGAUGGUUCUGACCGUGCCUUCUUUGCUAAUGUGCAAGGCAAGAUCUGGUUGGCAAAUAUUCCUGUUGAGGGAUCCAAUGAGAUUUUGGAAAUUGAUGAAUCCAAAACCUUCCUAGACAUUAGUGAUGAUAUUCUCUUUGAUUCUGGGCAUGGUUUAAUGGGAAUUGCAUUUCAUCCAAACUUUUCACAAAAUGGCCGCUUCUUUGUCUCUUAUAAUUGUGAUGAGAUGAAAAAUCCUACAUGUUCUGGUAGAUGUGCAUGUAACUCAGAUGUGAAUUGUGAUCCUUCAAAACUUGGUCCUGAUCAUGGCAUCCUCCCAUGCCAGUAUCACACUGUAGUAGCAGAAUUUACUGUCAAUGACACAUCAUCAAUGCCUUCCAUGGCAAAAAGUGCCAAUCCAUCAGAAGUGAGAAGAAUAUUCACAAUUGCCAUUCCUUAUAGUGGAGGUCAUGCUGGUCAGAUUCUCUUUGGACCUGAAGAUGGAUACUUGUACCUCAUGUUGUCUGAUGGAUCUAGUCGUGAUGAUCCUUACAACCUUGCACAAAACAAGAGAUCCUUACUGGGAAAAAUUUUGAGAAUUGAUGUAGACAAUUUACCUAGUACCAAAGAAAUAAAUGACACGGGUUUGUGGGGAAAUUAUUCUAUACCUAGAGAUAAUCCAUAUGUUAAUGAUAAGGAGCUUGAACCAGAGAUAUGGGCUAUGGGUUUCAAGAAUCCAUGGAGAUGUAGUUUUGACUCUCUGAGACCAUCCUAUUUUCUCUGUGGAGACGCUGGACAGGAUGAAUACGAAGAGAUUGAUGUGGUUAAAAAGGGUAAAAACUAUGGUUGGAGAGUCUAUGAGGGUCCUUUUCUUUUUCAUCCAUCAGAGUCACCUAGAGGAAAUACUUCAGCCAGUUCCAUACACCCAAUCUUCCCUAUACUGGGUUACAGUCAUUCUGAGAUUGAUAAGAAAACAGGUUCUGCAUCCAUAGUUGGUGGCUAUUUUUACCGUUCCACGACUGAUCCUUGCAUAUAUGGAAGGUACUUGUACACAGAUUUGUAUGCAGGAUAUGUGCUUGUUGGUACAGAAAGUCCUGAAAACAGUGGAAACUUCACCAAUGCUAAGAUUUCUUCUAGGUGUGCUCAUGACUCUCCAAUGCCAUGUUCUUUUGUGGAGGGAAGUGCUAGUCCUACAAUGGGGUACGUUUACUCAUUAGCAGAAGAUAACAAGAAGGACAUUUAUUAUUUGACUAGCACUGGUGUUUACAGAGUGGCACGACCAAGCCGUUGCAAUUAUUUGUGCACUAAGGAAAAAGUUGUUGGUCUACAAAAUAAUAUGCCUCGUUCUUCUUUUCCCUUCCCCUUGCGUGAAGGUUUUGAUUUUCUUCUUUUGUUCCUCUUUCUUACCUUCAAUUUUAUGGUGUGA